AUGGUAACUAAUUAUGAUGAAUAUUUUAUAGAUGAUCACAAACUUAUUUACCAUUAUGAACCUAGUGUACCAAAUGUUUAAAUAACAAAUAUUGUUAAUGAAAUAACACAUAUAAAAGGAUACGGUAUUUAUUAGUAUCAUAAUAUUAGAAUUUAUUUCAGUAACAUCUAAUCAAACUCAUUUUGCAACAAUAACUAAAGAAAAUGAUGUAAUCCUUUACUAAUGGUAAAACUUAAAUAUUUAACAGUAUGGAUAACAAGUUAAAAUUGAAGAAAGAUAUCAAUGCUAUAAUAUUAUUUUUUUUGCUGAUGUAGAUGUCUUACUUGAUUGUUAUGCUGAAGAAUAUUUUUAUUUAUUAUAACUAAUGA